GCAGCUACUUAGUGUGUCUGCGUGUGUGCAGAGCAUAAUAGCAUAGAAGCUAUAGAUUUGAUGUACUUUAACUUCGAUUUCUCCGUCUUUGUGGGAGGCCGACAAAUGUCUCUUGAUCCGACCAACCAACUCACCCACUCCCUUCCUUUCCCCUCCAUCUUUUUAAUCGCUCUCUUCUCUACAGACUGAAACCCCAUUUCCCAUCUCAUAGCUCUCUGUCUUCCAUGGCUGUUCUCGCGCCAACCUCUGUCUCAAAAUACUCAAUCUCCAAUUCCUCCUCCUCCUCGGAUUUUCACAGAAUCCCAUUCAACACACGACCAAUCUUUGGUUCUAAGCUGAAAUCAGGAAAAGUUCAGCCGACCCAACUGAGAUUAUUGACUACUUCCGAGAGAUGUUUACAAUAUAAGAUUACGACUACAUGCAACCUUCAGAUUGAUCUAAGAGAUAACAAUUGUCCAGGGUUGACUGUAAAGGCUUCAAGAGAGUCCUUAGGGAUCACCGAACAACAUAAAAACAUCAAACUGGAGAGAGUAGCUGAAACUGAUGAUCGGAGCGAAUUGUUUGAGGAUAUGAAACAACGGUUUCUUGACUUCAAAAACCAUAAAUACAUGGAAAACUUGGAACAUUAUCAAAACCUUGCAAAGGGUCAAGCGCCAAAGUUCAUGGUCAUUUCUUGUGCAGAUUCUAGGGUAUGCCCCUCAACCAUUCUGGGAUUCCAACCGGGAGAAGCAUUUAUAGUGCGCAACAUUGCGAAUUUGGUGCCCUCCCUUGAGAGUGGACCCUCAGAAACAAAUGCUGCAUUGGAAUUCUCUGUGAAUUCUCUGAAAGUCGAAAACAUAUUGGUCGUUGGUCACAGCUGCUGUGGAGGCAUUCGUGCUCUUAUGAGCAUGGAUGAUGAAAUAGAGAAAAGCUUUAUCCAAAAUUGGGUUGUUGUUGGGAAGGAUGCAAGGUCGUGGACUAAGGCUGCUGCCUCCACGCUCAGUUUUGACCAGCAGUGCAAACAUUGUGAGAAGGAAUCAAUCAACCGUUCAUUGUUGAACCUGCUCACGUACCCGUGGAUAGAAGAAAAAGUGAAGCAAGGUGUUCUUGCUGUACAUGGUGGUUAUUAUGACUUUGUUGAAUGUACAUUUGAGAAAUGGACGCUCGAUUAUAAGGAAGGCAACUUGAAGGAGAAACAUGGCAGAAUUUCUGUCAAAAAUCAUUUGUUUUGGUCCUGAUUUCAUCUGUGGCCUUGUAUGAUCUAAUUCACCCAAUAAGUUAUUUAAAAUAUAUGUUGUUUGUAUGGUGAUUAAAUUAAGACAAUUCGAAAAAUAAUGUGAAAUGAUUUCGUUUGUAUUGAAAUAAAAUAAAAUAAAACAAUUUUUAUAA